CGACAGUAGCCAAACGUCUCAACAGUGCCACCAUUUCCGAACUACAUGGCAAGCGGCACGAGUGUAUUUUAUUGGCUGGCUCUCUUGGCAUGUCUGAAUGUCCACGCAGGGGGCCAGACGUCGUGUCCUUAUGCCAAGUAUGCCAGCACAUUCACGUCGAACCCAGCCCUAUGCAAGCAACCCGAUGCGAUUCUUUGCAUUGUCGACAAUCAAUGCAAUGAACUGCCUGGCAAGUCGUUUUCCAUGAAAAACGUGACCAAGGACUCGACCGCCACAGACGUGUUGAUCAUCACAGAGACUGCCGAGCAUUUGGCUAGCCUGCCCUUGAUCGGGAAUACGUACAUUCAAUUUUUCGGUCCCGGACUCAAAUCCCUCGGCAACUUGUCCAUGUCCAACGUGUCGUUAUUGGACUUUGAAAACAAUCCUGGCAUCUCGUACGCCGAUGCAAUCUUCCCCAAAGGCAUGACUCGGUUAUCUGUGGCGCGCAGUGGGUUGACGGAGCUUCCUCCAACCAUUCCGUAUGGCCAGCUCACCGAGUUCUUUGGAUGGGAGAACCAGUUCACAAAGAUCGAGCAUGUCGACUUUCGACAAGCCAGCGAAGUCAAAUUCAAUGGCAUCCCCACCCUCACGUCAUUGACAAACGUGUCCAUCUCGUCGCGGCUGAUCAAAUUCUACUUUGACGUGUCUGACUUUACGACGUUUCUCGUGGACGAUCCAACGUUCCAAGUCUUGGACAGUGUCGCAACAUUUCAAGUGCGUUCGAUCGACGUGUCCAAGUCGUGUGUGCCCCCCAACGCCCCCAAGAGACUCAAAGCGGGAUAUACGGUCUGUGUCUCGUCAGUUCCGUUUCUGCAGUCCUCCCCUAGUACGCCAUUGAAUGCCAGGACGACGACCCCCACAGCUACGGAAUCGCCGUUCAAGCUGCCCAUGUUCCUCAAAUGUGUGGGCGGAGGGGUAGUGAUCUUGGGGGUCCUCGUAUGGUUCCUAGUGUACAAACGAAAGCACCAACAAACCACCAAGGAUCACUCGACAGCAAAUGAUUUUUCGUACCAGGCCACGACCGCCAACAACUUGUCGACACUGGACAGCAUCCACUUUAACAUGGAGGAAUUGGCACUGAUUCGACUGGACGAACAAGCACUCGUCAAGAUCAAGGUCGUGGCCCAAGGCGCCUACGGUGAGGUCUUUAUCGGAAAUUACAAAGGGGAAACGGUGGCCAUCAAGCGUUUGCUGCCAGGGAAAAACAGCAAGCACACCGUGCUGCUCCUGAUUGACGAGAUCAAAAUAUCGUUCAAAUUGGAAUGCCCGCAUAUUGUCCGAACAUUGGGGGCGAGUUGGGUGACGCCGUCGAUGCUCGAGAUGGUCGUGGAAUGGAUGGACCAGGGCGACUUGAAGGACGUGCUCGAGGACACCAAACCAGCCACCCAAUCGACCCACUCGACGUCGUUUCCGUGGCGUCAGAAGCUCGAGUGUUUGCUUUGUAUUGUCGAAGGCCUGGUGUACUUGCAUUCAUUGGACAUUAUUCAUCGCGACUUGAAGUCCCGCAAUGUGCUCAUGGACUCAACCAAGGGCACGAAAUUGACCGAUUUUGGGACCGCCAGGGAAGCCACGAGCGACACCAUGACCAUUGGCGUCGGCACGUACCGAUGGAUGGCCCCAGAAGUGCUCAAGGAAAACUACUACACGGUCGCGGCAGACAUGUAUUCAUUGGGCAUGGUCAUUUCGGAAUUGGACACGCACCACAUUCCGUAUGUGGACCUCACCAACGGACGAGGUACAGUAGUAACUCUCUACUAAAUUACGUCAUAGACUACUACUACGAGUGUGUGACGCGGUCGAAUACAAAACGAAUGCAUGGGGUUGUGACGCUGUCACAUGUAUACUAUAUGUUGUAUGUGGGACGUAGGCAAAGCGUUGGUGGACACAGCCAUCAUGAGCAUGGUGAUCCACCAGGAGAUCCGACCGACGCUCACGGCGCUGUGUCCGCCGUGGAUCAAGCAACUGGCGCUGCGAUGCCUCGAGUACGAUCCAGAAGACCGACCCACGGCCCUCCAAGUUUCGGCACUUGUGCGAAAGCACCUCAAGCUCAUGGGCGACGACAACCAAGGCGGGUAUCAACACCUCUAACAAGGACGAACAUACAGAUUUUUGCACCUUUUGUUAAACAACACAAUCAUACGUAGAAAUGUUGCAACGAGGCAAUAAUCAUGCACGAACUAAUAAUUAC